GCUACGAAACAUGUAUGUUUACUGGAAGCUAAUAUUUGGAGAGGACGCUUAUCUAUUCGGUGGUGAUUACAGCUAUGAAGACUACAACACAACAGACUAUCCAGACUAUCCAGACUAUCCAGAAUAUCCUGGCUAUGAUUACACGCUCACUGACUCAGAAAAAGCUCUAAACUACAUUACAGCAAUUCUGUUCGUAGCAUUCUUCCUUCUCUCCACUCUACUUAACCCCCUCCUGUUCUACUAUUACGACCUCUCCGAGAGCAAGGCUAACAGAUUGUUUAAGCUGCUUGCUGCUUCAGAUUUUAUAACAAAUCUGUUUGCACCAGUUUAUGCUGUCUUGAUGUUCAGCCCGAAGCUCUACUCUGGUUCCUCAACAAUCCUGCUCCAUGUUCGCCCCAUCGUGUGUGUGUUUGGCUGCUUCUCACAAAUCUUCACCGCAGUUCUGGCAAUAACCAGACUCCUUAGCAUAAUCAUGCCAUUCCUUCACUUGAGACAAAAGUACAUCUUUGGGUACAUCAUGAUCCAUAUCCUUUACAUGAUUGUGGCGAAUAUGACCUACUACGGGAUAGACGCGUUCUACGCGAAAGAGGACCUUACCGAACUCCUGGUAUCUGUAAUGAACAUAAUGGAAGAUGUGUGUUUCUGGUCUUAUUUCCUACACUGUAUGGUGGGAGUGGUAGCGUCCAUAGUAACGUUCCUGUUCCUGCUGGUGGAGCGAGGUAGGAAUCCAGCUACAGCUGAGAAGUAUCUGAGAAGUAGCAUCACACUCCUCCUCAUGAACCUGCCUUACAUUAUCACCAUGGUCCUCAUUGGUGGGAUUCAAUGGUCGGCAGCGUGGGGACUGAACAGCAGGGAGAUAGUGUUCGCGUGGGUUCCUAUUUUUACAUCUGCACUAGAUCCGGUGAUCGUGAUUGCUAGGAAGAAAGAAGUAAUGGAGAAGGUUGCAGCUGCUGUAAGGAGCAAAGAGGGACACUCCGUCUCGGGAACCAGAUCAACAAUGCUAUCUCAACAAGUUUAAAUCAUACUACUGCCUCUACAAUCAAGCUAAUAUGUACUACAAUCAAGUUAAGUUGUACUGUAUCAAAACCAACACUAUGACUAAACAAAUGAACAGAAUCUUGUGAUUUAUUUACAUUAUUAAUUUACAUGAUUUUACAGUUAU